AUGGCCCAGGAAGAUUUGAGCGUGCAGGUGCAACAACAGAUGGCUGAGGAGGAGGAACAGAGGCUCAAGUACCUGGAAUUUGUUCAGGUGGCUGCAGCUCAUGCCUCGGUUUGCUUCUUAAAUCUGUACGGAUUUGCCAAGGAAAGGUCUGGUCCUUUGAAGCCUGGAGUUGAAUCCGUGGAGGGAACUGUGAAGAACGUUGUUGGACCUGUCUAUAACAAGUACCAUGAUGUCCCUGCUCACCUCCUUACCUUCGUGGAUCGCAAGGUUGAUCAAUCUGUGACCAGGCUGGACAGUCGUGUGCCGCCGGUGGUUAAGCAGGCUUCAUUCAAAGCCUUAUCAGCUGCUCAAAAAGCCCCAGAGGCGGCUCGAGCGGUUGCCUCUGAGGUUAAGCGUGCUGGGGUUGUAGACACUGCCUCGAGCUAUGCUAAAUCUGUCUACACCAAGUGUGAACCCGCAGCUAAAGACCUGUAUGCUAAGUAUGAACCGAAAGCUGAGCAAUGCGCCGUCUCUGCGUGGCGAAAGGUGAACCAAGUCCUCCCAAAGGUGGCUGAGGUUGUUGUACCAACUGCAGCAUAUUGCUCUGAAAAGUACAACCAGACAGUGCAGCACACUGCAGAGAAGGGGUACAGGGUCUCCUCCUAUAUGCCUCUGGUUCCCACUGAGAAAAUUGCCAAGGUUUUUGCAGGGAAGGUGCCUGAAGCAGAGCCUUUGGUUGCAAGUCCUGGUGAAGUUGAUGUUGCCCUUCAUUGA